AUGGAAAUCGGAUUGAACAUGUCAAUCUCCACCAAUUCUAUUGAUGUCGCAGACAUAGCCGCCAAAGCCGAAUCGCUUGGCUUCGAAUCGAUCUGGCUGCCGGAACACCCGGUAAUGCCGGUCAACCCGGCGUCGAAAUAUCCCGGUUCACCAGAUGGAUCUAUUCCCGACUACAUGAGCGACAUGGCGGACCCGUACAUCGGGCUAGCGCGCGCUUCGGCAGUUACCAGUAAGAUUAAGCUCGGGACUGGCAUAUCUUUAAUACCGGAACGAAACCCGUUGGUUUUGGCGGGCGCAAUUUCCACGCUGGACCGUUUUUCUGGCGGGCGUUUUCUGCUUGGUAUUGGGACCGGUUGGUUACGCGAAGAAACCGAGAUAAUGGGGGGCGAUUUCGAUCACCGGUGGACUCAGGCUAGGGAAGCUAUUGAGGUGAUGCGUGCCCUGUGGACUCAGGACACGGCUGAAUAUCAUGGCCGCUAUUACGACUUUCCUCCGGUCCAGUGCAAUCCCAAACCGGCGCAGGAAGGCGGCCCUCCGGUGAUCUUGGGUGGCAAUGCCAGGAACGUAUUCCGCCGAGUCGUGCGGUGGGGGGACGGAUGGAUGCCCACGGCAUCGAAUCCCGAACAGAUCGCGGCCGGCAGGGCGGCUAUUGAUGAACUUGCCGAGGCAUCCGGGCGUGACCCGUCUGGAAUCAGCGUCACCGUAUUCGGACAGCCUGCGGACCGGGGGCUGAUAGAACAGUUCGCCAAUGCCGGGGCGAACCGCGUUAUCGUCAGAGUCGCCAGCACCACGGACAGAAGCGUAUUGGACGACCUGGAACGCAUCGCUGAGGCGGUUUUGUAA